UAUCGACUUGCAGCAAAAGUAAAAUUUAUUUAUUUAAAUACCGAGAUCUAACGAAUAAUUGAAGUAAGAUCGUCGAGAAACUGGAAAAUCUACGUUGAUAAAAAAUUAAUCGUCUCGGUUUCGUCUAUGCGAUUAGAUAUUGAAAUUGUACUCAAUUGUACUAAAUUAUCAAUUACAGUGCGCCACAUACUCAAAGGUUUUGCAGGGACUGAUUUCACGUCCUUAGAAAUUUGUUGUUGUGGAACGUGUUAAAAGUGUUAAAUACCCCGUCGUUUUUAUGUUAACAACUGCAGCGAAGUGUUUCGCAAAAGAAGAUAACUGCAGCUGAGAGAUUAUCGUUUGUAAAUGAAUACGUUCUCGAUCGAGACUUGCAUGAUUCGCGGGAGCGAUGCGUCGAAACUCUUUGACGUUUCAGAAAGUUAGACGACAAGGAAUAACAUUUAGAAAAUACGAUGAAUGAUUACAAAGUCCCAAUAAUCGAGCCGACUAUCGACUAUACGAAGGUACCACCAAUCAAUCAAAAGAGAACGAUUGCCUUUAUUAAUCAUUUUAUUGUUCAUACUGUUACGUUCUUGAACAAAUUUGCGCUAUCAUGCGAGGAGAGGUUAAUGGAAUUUGAAUAUAAAUUGCAGAGGAUUGAGGCCUCGUUAGAAAUUUUAGAAUCCUGGAUAUCCUCUGUACCUGGCUUGGAGCAAGAUGAAAGUACAAAGAGUGUUAUAGAGAAUAAUGAUAUUAAGCAGGAAGAAACCACUGCACCUAAAAUAGAUGAACCUGAUAAUGUGAAACAAGAUGAACCCAAAGACGUGCACAUCGAAGAACAACCGGCGUGUAAAGAUCCACGUUAUGAAAAGUAUUUUAAGAAGGUACACUUCGGUGUGCCGAAGGAAGCAGUUAAAUUAAUGAUGCAACGAGAAGGAUUGGAUUCUUCUAUUUUGGACGACCCCCGGCAAGUAGUUUCUAACUUGAAGUCCACGAAUAAUGGUGAGAAUAAAGGAGAAUAGAUACUUAGUUAUAUUCGUAUGUUAAGUGCAUAAAAUAUUUUUACGUUAUAAAACACGCAAAUAAACAGCUGUAUGGAUUCCAA